AUGCUGCCCACCGCCCGUCGAAUUCGACUGUGGCUUAUGACACUGUUCCAGUCAUUACAAGCCGGCAUUAUGUCUACCUUCGAGACUCUUCGAGCAGGGCCCUGGGGCCAACAAAACUACCAGCUUCUUGAGGGAGCUCGAGAGAAAUCCUACUACUACUAUUCCCGCACGACAAAAAGGACUUGGGCCAUGGCUUUUUCGGUAGCAGCAGUGAUCUUUAUGUUUUGGUGUUUCCCAUUACUCCCGGCAAACAUCAACCGCAUUGCCAAUGAGCGUUUGUGCGAUCAUCCCAUCUCCAUACUUGCGUCCGAUGCCUCGCAAGCAUUCAAUGAAACCUUGACGCGCCAAUCUAAGUCAUUAGACGAGGCAGUCACGGAAUACCGUCGACGGUACAGCAUGCCGCCGCCUCCCCGCUUCGACAAAUGGUAUGAGUUUGCGAAGCAGCGGAAUACGAUUUUGAUCGAUGAAUACGACACGAUAUACCAUUCUAUGCUACCUUUAUGGGGGCUUUCACCGAGUACAAUCCGUUCGCGUGUCAGAGAGGACCUGGGCUUCGAUAACGUGGUGAUGGGUAUAUCGAUUCGCAAUGGCGAGCCCAUUCACCUGGGCAAUGGCCAGGGAAAUUUCCAACGAGACGCCGUUAUGAAGCAAUUAAAUAAAUUUGCUCAAUGGCUGCCUGAUAUGGAUCUAGAGUUUAACGUCCACGAUGAGCCGCGGGUCGUUGUUCCUCAUGAGGACUUACACAGACUGGUAAUGAAAGGCUAUGCAGCUCAGGCUAGCUUGAACGGCAACUCAUCAUUGUUGAAUAAUUUUUCCGACAAUAACAGCACUGCGCAACCUAUUCCAGAAGUCUUCACAACUAGGUUUGUUAAUCUCGAACGGCAAGAAACCUGGCUUUAUUCCCGACUAUCGUGCCCACCCGACAGUCCGACUAUGGACCUCGAUGGUAACGCGCCGGACAAUACCAGUGCUUUCGCCAUUGGGCCUUUGGGAUUCGUGUUCAAUCAAUCCGCCUCUAGCGAUAUUUGCAACAGUCCCUCGCUACAACAUCGCCUUGGGAUUUUUGAGCGGCCCAAUGCCUUCAAGCUCACGAAUGAGCUAGUCCCCAUGUUCUCAAUGUCACAUCCAUCUUCGUUCCAGGAUAUUCCUGUUCCUUCACCAUGGUACUACGAGGAGGUCGGAGGCUACGAACCAGAACUCGAUAUCCCAUGGAAGUCAAGGCAAGGAAAGAUUUACUGGCGAGGAAGUAGUACCGGAGGACACAGUCAUGGUGGAUCCUGGCAAAAUCUGCAGCGACAGCGAGUGAUCGCAUCCCUAGAAGGCAAAUCGGGACAUCACAUCUUGGAGCGCAAGGAAGAGUCUAUCUGCGGCAUUGGGCGUGAGGAAGGAUGGGAAGUUCGCAAGGCAAAUCAAUCCGAGCUUAGUGAAUAUUUCAACGCCCAUUUUGUUGAUAUUGUCGAUUGUGAGGAGGAUUGUUAUAAUGAGCGGAUGUUUUUUGAUGUCAUGGAACGAGAAGAUCACAAUGAGGCCUGGAAAUACCGCUACUUAUUGGAUAUGGAUGGCCACGCUUACAGCGGGCGAUUCUAUGCCUUCAUGCGGAGCAAGAGUGUUCCCCUCAAGCUGACCUUUUUCCGGGAAUGGCACGAGAACAUACUCAUCCCAUGGGUCCACUACGUGCCCCUCAAUAAGGAUGCCAACGAAAUUCCUGAGAUUGUGCGCUUUUUCGAGCAAGAUCCUGUUGGUCAGGGGAUCGCUCGAACCAUUGGCGAGGAAGGGCAGUUGUGGGCUGCGAAGACACUCCGUAACGAUGACAUGGAUGUCUAUAUGUUCCGGAUUAUGUUAGAGUAUGUCCUUUUCCUCCAAAUAGAUCGGUAA